AUGAUCCAUGGCUACGACUACAGACUAGUCCAGUUCCCCAGCGUAGUCGGACAAUCCAGCACAUGGACCAAAGUCACAGCAAUCAAAGAAGCAUUGAAACACUACGAAUACGUCGUAUUCCUCGACGCAGACGCCAUGAUCCCCUACCCCAAUCUCCCCAUGGAAUGGCUCUUCAACUACUGGGAUAUCACCCCAAACACCCUCGUCGCCAUGGCGCUCGACCCAGAUGCACCCCACAACCAUGACUGGAACGGUUCCACACUUCUGAAUACAGGGUUCAUUGUUGCCCAGCAAAGCCCUCGUACGCAAGAACUCUUCGAGGCGUGGGAAUCUUGUCCGACCGAGACGCGCUAUCCGGGCUGCUUGAAAUGGGGUCGUGAAUGGGCACACGAGCAGUCUGCGUUCGGGCAUCAUCUUCGGUAUGAUUUCAACAGGUCGGAGGAUAUUCGCGUUUUGUCUUGUGCAGAGGCAAACGGGUGUCCCGAGGUGGCUGAUACGGGCUGUGUUGGAGAGCUUGUGAGGCACUAUUGGGGUGCUAAGAAGUCAGUGCCGGGCGCAGUUGGUGAUGCGAUCUUGCGGUACUUUUUGCCGCAACUGCAUGCUGUGUUUUAUCAGAAUGCGAAGGACUUAGUGGUGAAUAUGACAGAGCAUGGAUUUGUAUAA